AAGAAAGUGUGGAUAAUGGUAAAGCACACAAAUGAAGCUAAUAUGUUUGCUUAUUUGAAACAGGAACGAAGACCAUUUCUUGCAUCAGAAUGUAACGAGCUUCCGAAAGCUGAGAAGUGGAGGCGCCAGAUUAUUGGUGAAAUUUCGAAGAAGGUGGCACAAAUUCAAAAUGCGGGUCUAGGUGAAUUCAGAAUUCGUGAUCUGAAUGAUGAAAUCAACAAAUUGCUAAGAGAAAAAGGGCACUGGGAAGUCCGGAUAAAGGAGCUAGGAGGACCUGAUUAUGCAAGAAUUGGUCCUAAAAUGCUUGAUCAUGAAGGAAAAGAAGUUCCAGGAAACAGGGGUUACAAAUAUUUUGGAGCCGCUAAAGACUUACCUGGUGUAAGAGAGCUUUUUGAAAAAGAACCACUUCCUCCUCCAAGGAAGACACGAGCUGAACUCAUGAAGGCUAUUGAUGCAGAAUACUAUGGCUACCGAGAUGAGGAUGAUGGUGUUCUGGAACCACUGGAACAGGAACAUGAAAGAAAAGUUAUUGCCGAAGCACUGGAAAAAUGGAAAGUGGAGAGAGAAGCACGGCUUGCAAGAGGUGACAAGGAGGAAGAGGAGGAGGAAGUAAACAUCUAUGCAGUAAAUGAUGAGGAGUCUGAUGAAGAAAGCGGAAAGGAAAAAGAAGGUGAAGAUAGUCAACAGAAAUUUAUUGCUCACGUCCCAGUGCCAUCCCAACAGGAGAUUGAGGAAGCUCUUGUCCGGAGGAAAAAGAUGGAACUUCUUCAGAAAUAUGCCAGUGAAGCUCUGAUGGCUCAGAGUGAAGAGGCAAAAAGGCUUCUAGGACUCUAGUAUUUCUUGCAACUGAAUUGUGACACUUUGGUUUUUAUAAUCCAUCCUAAAGCACCAGAUAGAACGCCAGGAGAAGUGACCUAAAGCACAUUGGUUCUGCAGAAGUAACAUAAAAGGAGAGUGAUUUUUAAGCAUACUUCACUCCAUCCUAUUCCAUGCAGAUUCUUAUAUUUCCAUUUUCUUCAAUCAAACUCUAAAUGGCUGGCUAGUUUGCCUUAAGCAUUCUUUCUCGUGUUGCUUUCUUCUUUGACUAAGAUCUGUGUUACCUAGCAGUUUCCACUGGGAUAACUGUUAUUAAAUUAGAUAGUAGCAUUCUUAUAUACUUAUUCAGUCUGAGGUUGAAUACAGUGCUAUUUACAAGAAGUCUUAUUUAGCACAACCUCUUGUCUGUCCAUUUGGAAAAGAAGUGGAAGGCAGCGUCUGCAGCCGCUAAAGAGUCUGUGGUUUUGCCUUUGUGAGAGAAUGGAAAUCUGAUUAACAGUGUUUUAAGAAGCAUCCCCUUGGUGCUAAUAUUCACUUGGUUAGAUUUCUGAAGUGGUGAGUAUUCAGUAAUAUUGUGAAUACUGUUUUGCCUUCACUAUAUCACUCAGAUAAUUUAUGUAGAAGCAUUUGUUCAUGAUCUUCAUGGUAGCUUGAAAAGAUGUACAGUAUUUUUCUUUUAUGAAUAAGUCAUAAGACUAAAACUCCUUGAUUGCCUUAGUCUGCUUUAUCACGAGAGAGAGAGAGAGAGAGAAUUUUAAGGACCAAACGUCAAGACAGUUUACAACUUUAUGGUCAGUAGUACCCUGAUGAUCAGAUGAGAGUGACUCAUACAGCAGAUGUGUAAAACUGUUGAAGUUUCAGGCAAAGCUGAUAUGUUUCUAAUAAGCCAUUUUGUCAUAGAGGUUGUUGUGAUACAGUCACAAUAUACAAUCAUGUAUUAGUCUGAUUAAAAAAUGAAACCUGUAAUUUAUACAUUGACCUACUUUUCUAGCGUAGCUGAAGCCUAACACAAGUUUAUGUAAGCUUUUUUGGUCCACUUAGUUACCCAGCAGCUUAGUAAAGUUUCCUACCAAUUUUCACAGAUUGUACAGACAUAAGGAUUCAUUUGAAACAUACAGAUGAAUAAACAUUUUAAAAACA